UAAACACUCGGCGGCGGUGGCGGCGGCGGCUCUUCCCCGGCUGCUGUCACGGUGUCGGCGGCGCCCAGCGCCCCGGGCCCCUCCCUCCCGGCGAGCGCGGUCGCCCGACAGGCUCUCCCCGCCCUGCUCCGCGGGGCCCGGCGGCGGCGGCGAGCCCGUGGCGGUGGGGGUUGGUCCCGCGGCCGCGGCCCCCGGUGCAGAAUGGCGGCGGCGGUUCGGAUGAACAUCCAGAUGCUGCUGGAGGCGGCCGACUACCUGGAGCGGCGGGAGAGAGAAGCUGAACAUGGUUAUGCCUCCAUGUUACCGUACAGUAACAAGGACAGAGAUGCCUUAAAACGGAGGAGCAAAUCCAAGAAGAAUAACAGCAGCAGCAGAUCAACUCACAAUGAAAUGGAGAAGAAUAGGCGGGCCCAUCUUCGCUUGUGCCUGGAGAAGCUGAAGGGGCUCGUGCCGCUUGGGCCCGAAUCGAACCGACACACUACGUUGAGUUUAUUGACAAAGGCCAAAUUGCACAUAAAGAAACUGGAGGAUUGUGACCGAAGAGCCAUUCACCAAAUAGACCAGCUCCAGCGGGAGCAGCGGCACCUGAAGCGGCAGCUGGAGAAGCUGGGCAUCGAGAGGAUACGGAUGGACAGCAUUGGCUCCACCGUGUCGUCGGAGCGCUCGGACUCGGACAGGGAGGAGGUGGACGUGGACGUGGACGUGGAUGUGGACGUGGACGUGGACGGGGACGCGGAGGGCGCGGACUACCUGGCGGGCGAGCUGGACUGGAGCAGCAGCGGCGUGAGCGACUCGGACGAGCGGGGCAGCCUGCGGAGCGCGGGCAGCGACGAGGGCUACGCCAGCUCCAGCAGGAGGCGGCCGGCGGCCCCGCACGCGCGCGGGGGCCUCUGAGGGCGCGGGCACCGGCUGCCGCGGGUCCCCUCCGCGUGGACCGGCUCCCGGGCGCCCCGAGGUUGCCCCGAGGUUGCCCCGAGGUCACGGCGACACCCGGCGCGGGGCGGACGCGGGCCUGGGCACCCGCGCCCCGCUCGACGCCCCCCCGGCGCCCGCGGCUCCCCCAGACUCGGUUUCCCCCGAAGUGUGUUCUGCUACUUGUCUCUGGAACAUUUUUUUUUCCUACCUCAGAGAUAAAUGAGAUCUCCAUUUCCCACUUAACACGAAGCGAUUAUGCCUUUUUUUCACCCCCAGAUAAGUGACUUUUGGUCCAAGUCUAAUCUAUUUUCCUAUUUGACUUUCAGCAAUAACUGAGCUAGUGUCCUCGUCAGUGAAGGACAAGCCGCGUGUCUACCCUGUUGCAGGUGAACAGGAGGGGACGGCUCAGCGCCACUAGGGCCCCCCCCCCGUGUGGAUGCACCCAGGAACUUCCCUGUGGAGGCUUCCGGGUCGAUGGUUUAAAAGGCUGAUCUUCCCUUUUGGUUAUGAUUUCUCCCUCAAGUGGUCUCCCACUUUGUAGCAUUUUUAUUUAAGCUAAAAAAAAAAAAAAAAAACAGAGCACAUGUUAUAUGUACAUAAGACACAUUAAAUCUAUAAAUACUAUUUAUUCAUUUUAUAUAAACUAAUGUAAUGGAAAACAAAUUCUUAUGACUUUGUGCUUUUAUAGAUGUUCUAGAAACUUUGUAUGUAGGUAUCUACAAAAUUGGUUCAUUCCCCUCAACUAUUUUUGCAUUCAUAUUUUUGGGGCCGAGGUUUUUCAGCCUCCGGCGAAUCUUUUUCAUUGAAUCUGAACCAUUUGUAAAAAAAAAAACCUGUGACGCCGAAACAGAGCGUGUGUCACGAAGUGACGAGAACAUUCCUAAAACGCACAGACGCACCGCGACCUAAGGGCUCCACGGCCGAAGCGGCGGCCGCCCACCCCGCGCUUGGGCCCGGGCCCGGGGCCCCGGCCUCGCCUGCAGCGCCUCCACCUUCCACACCACUCCGAGUUCAAACCCGCUCCACGCCGAAGCUCGUGCUAGACGUGAAGAGCGGUCUAAACCAGAUCACUUUUGUUUCUCCAUUUUAAUGAUUCUCUAUUAAUUUUUUUUUAAUUGGACGUAGCUGAUUCCUAAACGAUUCCAAAGUCCUCUGUACUUCUGGUUUUGUUUUGUUUUUUUUUUUUCUUCCUGCAUUUCAGCUUUGGGUGGGGGGAGGGGCAGGUGACACAAAGGAUUUUUUUUUUUAAUUGUUGGAAUCUUUUCCAAUGACCAGCUGAAGAUUUGCACUGAAAUACAACUUGUAUGCCUUUUGCAUUUUUAAAGCCUGCUUCCUGAUUUAAGCAGAGUGAUAGUGUUCAAAGAGCCAGCUCAGCCUGUAACGUGUUUGAAAAGAUGUACCUGCACUUUGAGGUCCCUCUCGAAUGCCAUUCGCUGGACCUCUCAAGCGUUUUAAUUGCUACAUUCAAGCGCCUCCCAAGUCCAAGAUGCUGGAUGCCCUGAUGGCAUCGAAAACUCAAGACUUUGGGCAAAGCUUGUGGGCUUGCAUUGGGGGAGGGAAGGGAACAGAAUUUGUGUAUCUGUUUGAUUUAGAAAUAAGGCAUCUGAGAGAUGCCCUUAUUUUCUGUGUUUAAGUUAAACUGCAUUUUUGUCUUUUGGUUGAAAUACGAAAUGUACUGUCCCGAUAUAAAACGGUAAUUAUUUGA